AUGGACAUUCUAUUCAGCCUGCUAUCUCGUUUUUCUUUUCAAGCUUGGGCGGUCGUCGGUCUCGCUACAUUUGCCUUGUUAAGCUUAUCAAAAGCUUUCAGUAAAGGCCACUUAGGAAAACUACCCCCAGGUCCGCGUGGAUGGCCUAUCAUAGGGAACGUUUUCGACAUCCCAGACGAGUAUCCAUGGAAGGUUUAUAGACGGUGGGGUCAAGAAUUUGAUUCAGAAAUCAUUACCUUGAAACUUCCUGGGCCCCCUCUACUUGUCUUGAACUCUGCCAAAGCCGCUGACGAACUUCUGAUCAAGCGGUCUGCAAUAUAUUCGGAUAGGCCCAGGCUUGUUAUGCUCAAUGAGCUUAUUCGUGCCGACUGGAAUAUAGCGCUGAUGCCCUACGGAGAGCGCUUCAAGGCUGCUCGCAAAUUAUUCAACAAACACAUCGAUAUCCCUUACUGUCGCCCUCAAGCUGUUGUUGCUGUUCGUAAAUGCCUCAAAGAUCUUCUCGCUGCCACCAAACAUCACGACCCAAUCAUUCGACUUAUGACUGGACGAUUCAUCCUUGCCUCGGGAUAUGGUAUCGACGUUGAUUCUGCCAAUGACCCAUACAUCGAAAUUUCAGAGACUUUCAUCAAGUCCAUAUCCCAUGCUACGCAGCGUGGGGCGUUCCUCGUGGACGUGUUCCCCAUUCUCAAAUAUUGGCCAAGCUCUUUUCCUGGAGCGGGAUUCAAACAUUUCGCUGCGAGACUCAGAAAAUUAGCAGACGAUGCCCGAACACUUCCAUUCAAAUUUACCCAGGAUGAACUGGCGAAAGGGACCGCAAAACGAUCGUUCGCGGCGCGUUUCCUGGAGACUAUGCGUGAAGACACACCUAGCAGUGAGAUCAACGAUGUAGAAGCUAUAAUCGGGAAUAUGUACAUCGCCGGCGCAGAUACCACUGUUUUGGCAAUGCGAACUUUUGUACUCGCCAUGGCCCUUAACCCGACAAUUCAGAAAAAGGCCCAACAAAUAGUAGAUGCCGCUCUAGGUGGCCGACUUCCAGAUUUCAACGACUUUGGAAAGAUCCCGUAUAUUGAUGCUAUAGUCAAUGAAACCCUCCGCUGGAAACCCCCUCUCCCGAUUUCCAUCCCUCAUGGUGCCACGGAAGACGAUCAUUACAAUGGCUUCUAUAUCCCCAAAGGUUCCAUUGUCGUUGCCAAUAUUUGUGCUAUUCUCCAAGACGAGGAAGUGUAUGGUCCAAAUACAGAUUUAUUCAACCCGGAACGUUUCUUGAAUGAGGCCGGAGAGUUCAACAAAAAUCUGAGUACUGAAGCUGCAUUUGGAUAUGGACGAAGGCAAUGUCCGGGAAAAGUCAUGGCAAAAGAAUUAAUGUGGAUGGCGAUAACCUCAAUCCUAGCUACGUUUGACAUACAUUCAGCCAUAGACGAGCAUGGUCAACCUUUGAAGCCUAAUGUUGAUUACGGACCAAUAGGAAAUCUCAAGUACGGUCUUUUUUGCUUGUCUUGA